AUGAGCGCACGCGAAGCCUACCAAAUCCCCUCCUCCGCCGGCGGCGCGGCUACCGGCGGCGCAGCCUCAGGCACGCGGAGCAGCGCCUUCGACAUGGACGGCGGCGCGACCAUGCACUACAUCUGCGGCGACUGCGGGACCAAGUUCCCGCUGAAGCGCAACGACCCCAUUCGCUGCAAGGAGUGCGGAUGUCGCGUGCUGUAUAAGGAGCGUACCAAGAGGAUGGUGCAGUUCGAGGCGCGGUAA